AUGAUAGAUCGGACAUGUAAAGAGACACCAGAUUUCAAUCUUUGUGUCUCUCUUCUUAACUCCGAUCCACGUGGCUCCUCCGCGGACACUUCUGGUCUUGCUCUUAUCCUUGUCGACAAAAUCAAGGUGCUGGCGAUAAAAACUUUGAACGAAAUCAACGGUCUACAUAAAAUCAGACCGGAAUUGAAACAUGCAUUAGGAGAAUGUAGUCGGAAAUACAAAACGAUCUUACAGGCAGAUGUUCCCGAAGCCAUUGAAGCUCUCACUAAAGGAGUACCUAAAUUCGCCGAAGACGGUGUGAUCGAUGCCGGUGUCGAAGCUUCUGCAUGUGAAGAAGGGUUUAAAGGAAAAUCUCCAUUGACUAGUCUAACCAAAUCAAUGCAAAAAAUCUCUAGUGUGACUAGAGCCAUCGUGAGAAUGUUGCUUUGA